GUUCGUGCUGUUAACACUUUCUUAACAUACGGAUGCCAUGAGACCUGUUUUCUGGUUUGGUCAGGUGACGACAUAUAUCCUGUUCACCUGCUAAUAAAAUGAACAAUUCUUUCACUGCGGUAGGCACAAAAGCUAUAAGCUACGUACAUCCUUGUACCUUAUUCACCUUUAAAUGGUACAAACAGUAUUAUGGAACAUACAGUAACUUAUCUGACAGGCUUAAUUUAGUUGAUGGAGUCUCUCCUAAUAAGGUAAUGAUCUGAAUCAGGUGUUUAAUGAGGAAGACAUACAAAACUCUUGGUGGACUGCAGUUGAGAACCACUGACUUGAAGUUUCAUUUGCUGUUACCUGUCAGGAUGAUUCUCCCCAAUAUAAGAGCACUAGCUGUGGUGUGUUGGAUAAUGUGUGUGAGAGAAUCAGUGUCUCAGGCAUAUGCUGCAGCCCCUACAUUCAAGUUUGGAUAUGAAGUAAAGGAAGGAAAUAUUGAGCUAAACGCUAUAGUACAGGUUGCUUGUGGGAUCCCUUGGAGUGCUCCGUUUCCCGUAACUGUGUCUGUGGGCAGGGUGGAAAGCCCCUCACAGACCCCAGAAACCACAGAAGCCUGGGUGACCUCUGAGGUCGUUAGACAAGCAGAUACACUAUAUUUCACAAUCCCUGCAACAGCCAAGUAUGAAGGAAAAAUUGUGUGCUGGUACAAAUCCACUCGGACUGAUACAAAGAAUCCAUAUUCUGCAUUAAGCAACCCUAUUACAUUAGUCGCAUCUGCCCUCUCUCCUCCCAAAGUGACUGUGCACCCCAAUCUUUUUCUUAAGGGUGAAAAUUACACCGUGCAAUGUGAAUCAGCCUACAGCCUAAUCAGAAACUUCACACUGAGUCUGUAUUACCGCGUCCUCCCGGUCACCCCUGGAACCAACUGGACCUCCGCUGGUUCACUGUUCCUCACAAAUCACACUAUUAUCAUUUUAAGACAGACGAAUGCAGUUGUCCCAAUAGAGUUUGCCUGCACUAUGGAGAUGUUGUACGAAGGAAACGUUUUACAUUCAUCUCUGUCUAACAUUGAGCAAGCCUUCCCAGAAGAGCAUCCGGUUCAGCCCAGGCUCUGGGAGCAGUCACGUGGAGAGAGCUGUCUGGGAUAUCUGGAUGCCACGCUUAAAGGCAAGUGGGAACCUGUUUGUCAGAAGGAAGUCGAUGCUGAAGCCGAUUCAUCUGCCGCUGCUGCCACAGCUGAAGUGGUGUGCAGGGAACUGGGAUGUGGGCAGGUGCUGAAGUGGAAGAGAGUUCUGGAGAUAACAAACGGUAUUUCACACAGACAGUUGGGGGCAUCAGAUGCAGUGGGAAAGAAAAAAUCAAAGAUUGUCCAGUGAAGAAAAUUGAAGAUUGCAAACAAAGAGGCGUGCUCUAUAUUAUUUGCUCAGAUGCAUUGCCCCGUCCUAAACUGUCUGUGGAUACGUAUGGGUAUGAUUCCAAAGUGUAUGUCAGAGACAAACAAGAUGUGAAAUUCACCUGUUCCAUCAACUCAACUUAUUUAAAAUCACAAGACUAUGGGUACUUGGAGCUUAGAAGGGAUGGUGCUUAUUUGAGUGAAAAAUCCAACAGUCCAGGCAACCCAGAAACUUUCAUACAGUACGCGCCAAAGACUCCAGGAGAGUAUGAAUGUGUAUUCCGUUUUAGUUCUUCAGAAAUUCAAUUAGCAUCUCCACCCAGCAAUUCAGUCAUCAUUUACAUAUACAAUCCUCCAAAUCCAGUGCCAAUUAUUGCAGGUGUUCUCACAACUGUUGUUGGAAUAGCAAUUAUGGUGUAUAUUUGUGUAUUUAGAACUGCGACAGAAGAGGUACAGGCCAAUGAAUUUCCACAGACCAAUACUGAAUUUCCACAGACCAAUACUGAAAAUCCAGAUAAAAAUGCCAGCUACCCACCUCAGCAACUGGAGACCAAGGAAGUUUAAUUUAUGGGCUAACAUUUGUUUAACGUCACCAUGUAAAUAUAUCAUCCAGACAACUUCACACAUUAAAUAUGAUGAUAAAUAUUUUUAAAAAAAAGGCUAAGAGAUAAGUGCAUUUUGCAGUGCGGUUGUACAGGGGUUCCUGAAAAUGUUUAUGAGGAGAAAAUAUUUAGAUAUCAAAGUUAAUGUAGCUAAAAUUAUAUGCUAAGAAUAAGGGAGUCUUUUAUGUGUGCAAGCAAGUAAGUUCUGCAUUGCAAGAUGUUCAGCAUAAAGUGAAUUAACUUUAUUGUAAUUAUAUUGAAUGUAUCUGUUUAAAUCCUAUUAAAUAGUUUUGUCUAUACUUCCUGUGGCUUUUUCUUGUUAAAACGGCCCAUAGUUGGUGAAACAUUUCAACAUUUCAAACAACAAAUUCAAUGAAAGACAAAUCAAGACAGAACUUGUAGACUCAGAUUUAUUGUAUUCAGAUUUUAAGUUGAUGUCAAGUCAAUCAAUACAAAAUAAAUCUGGUUGAACAUGGUUUCAGUUUUGUUGCAUUUUUCCAUAACAGGGACUGUAAAAUAUUCUCUGGAAGUAGUUUGAAUACAGGGGAAAGUAUAAGGUAGUACAGUCACCACACAGUAAAUAAAGCUCUACUCAGCAAGUACGCAAAGUUUAGGAUGGACGGUCCAUAGAAAUGCCACAGUGUCUGUUUUUUGCUGUAACAGAUCUCCCUUGAAUGUGAGGUAACUGGACAUUGGAAGCCCACAAGUCAUUGUCAUCAGUUACAGGCUGACAGUUUUUACAUCAAAUAGGUAAACUAACACUGACAGCCAUUGCAUAAUGGCAAAA